AAUAAAAAAAUAAAAAAACAAAACAAAGAAGAAGCAGCAUAAAACUAAAAACGAAAGAAGAAAUUUUUUUGUUAUAAAUUCUAGGAAAAAUGAGCUUCCGACCCAAAAACAUUAUGAAACGUAUAGAGGACAUAGCUGUGGAGGAUUUACAAUAUAUUGAAACUGAUUUAUGUUAUUAUCAAUUGGUUUCUUUGAGUUUCCUAUUGUUUGGAGCCGAUAGUAACGCCUAUGGUUAUAUAUUACAAAAAUUAAUAAUAUUAGCACAACAACCACCUCAGGGUAAAGGUUUACAAGCAACAGGUCAAUUAAUUACCAGUGAUAUAUUGAUAAAUUAUACAAAUAUAAAUCCUGAAAAUUGGCGUUUACAUUUAGUGGAAGCCUUAGCUAUAAUCCGGGCCAAAAAAGUCUUACGCAAAUUGGGUUUGCCCUGGCAGGAAAUCUAUCAUCAUUAUUUGCCACAUGUAGCCGAAAUAAGUGUUUAUAUACAUCCUUUACUAAAGGUUUUAUAUAAAAUUGCCGAACGUUUAACACUAGAACAGACCGGCCGGCUGAUUCAAUAUAUCCAUACAAAAUAUGAAGAGUGUCAACAUUUACGUUUCUAUGAUUAUUCCUAUUUGGAGGUAUUUUUCUUAAAUUGGUUGCUGAAACGGGUGAUUGCUGUGGGCAAUAGAAAUUUGGAAAACUCUAAUAUGCAAAUACUUAUUGAAUUUUUUAAAUUUAAUGAUAUGGAUUCAUUUAAGAAUUUACUACUUGCAACCAUAAAUCAACAGUUAGAUAACGUAACUAUUAAUCAAGAACAACAAGCGAUCAACAAUGAUAGACUGGAGGAACAGCCGGACGUGGAUAAAGAUUCUGGCAUUUCUGUAUCGCACGAUUCCUGUACGACUACCCAGCUUAGUGAAGUUAAAGCUGAAUUAUCUGGAGAUUUUGAUGCUGCCGAACGUUAUAAAAUAACUAAAAAGAAUGCUGGUUAUAUUUUGAUAAUAAAUCAAAAUACAUUCUAUGAAGAAACUGAUCCUAGUUUACAGCAUCUAUUACCAGAAAAUAAAUUUGAUCCUCACCGUAGAGGUACCGACUUCGAUCGUGAUAAACUUAAAACAGUAUUUUCCUCCUACGGUUAUAUACCUUUGUUAUUUAAUAAUCUUACACAUUUGGAAAUUUUACAUUACAUACGUGAAACUACCAAGAAAAGUUUGCUUAAAGACUCCAUUAUUAUUUGCAUACUAUCACAUGGCAUGGAAGGUGCUGUAUAUGGCUGUAAUUCGAUACCGGUAGCCAUAGCCGAAAUAAAAGAGAUACUAACUGCUGACACCUUGAGGGGAAAACCAAAGAUGCUUUUAUUUCAAGCCUGCCAAAAGCAUGAUCCAAAAGUCGAUACGACAAGUACAAAAUCCAUUCAAAACUUUUCACCUGAUGCCUAUGCCGACAUACUGUUGGGUAUUUCUGCCAUAAAGGGUACCGAAUCUUUAAGAGAUCCUGAAAAAGGUUCCUGGUAUAUUGAAUCGUUAUGUAAAUUUGUACAGAACUAUGGUAAUCGCAAACAUAUGGUUGACAUUUUAACGGCUGUUACUAGAGAGAUAUCGAAUAAACGUGCAUCCGAAAAUGAUUUUAUGCUGCCCGAAACCUAUACAACAUUGCGCAAAGAACUCUAUUUGCCUGCUUAAAGGAGGAUCAUCAUCUAGUCUUUGAAUACAUAAACAAUGUUUUGUUUUUAAUUUGCUCUCUAUAGUAAAGUUUAACUAUAAAAGUUUAUUCUUCUAAGUCAUUGUAACAAUUUUUUAAUAAAAAUUUAGUUUAAUUUAAAAAAAAGUA